AGCAGUGGGAAUGACAUCUCCGUCUCCUUCUCAUCCAUCCAUCUCUGAGAACUAACCACGAGGUGAUCUUUGCACCCCCAGCUUGUGUGUACCGGAACAGCCGUCAGGGGUGCAGGCCGACCACACACUCACCCAACCCAACCCAACCCAACCACUGGGGGCGCUGUCGCUCACUAAGCGUUUGACACAAGCGCCAGGCCUUUGAGUCGGUUCAACAUGGUCCCUGUGCUGGCGGUGCUGCCUUGUUAGGAGAGUCCAGGCUUUCAGCGACACCCCUUGAUUUUGUUAGCAGCGAGCUAGCGGGCCGUCUCGGAGCGCUUUGUUAGCCAGGCCGCAGGAGAACAAGAGAGAGAGAAAACAACAACAACAACAGCCAUCAUCAAUGGUGUGUCUACAUCCCGGAGCCGUCACAUCUUCCUGUGUCCGCUCAAUGAACAACCUGCUCCACUCACAUCACGGCUGCACAUGUAUGGCGCUUGGAAGGCUUGGAUGGGAGUUUUGCCAAGCCCAGCACCUGCUGCUUAUUGUGGACAAGUGAACAGAAGACACCAGCUAGUCUAACACACUGCCAUAUACACAGACCCUUACUGCCGCCCAGUCCAACCCCUAUGAAGACGAGCCAACCCUCAGCCUACCAACUACCCCGGGGAACGGAGGAGGCUGUGUUCUUACCCUGGGACCCCAAGGAGCUGACCGUUCUCCUCUUCUCUCUUUCUCCUCAGCUCUCCUUUUCUGCUUUUCCUUCUCCUGAUCGGCCUGAUGUGUGCGAGGCGUUCUUGAAUGGGCUAACCGGUUUCAAAGAAAGAAGGAAGGGAGGACGGCUCAUUUUUUUUGUCCUUUUUCCCCUCUUUCUUCUGAAUGGACGAUCAUUGUCCCCCGUCAUCGUAACCCCUAAUCUGUUCUUGAGCCUGUUUUGCUUUUUGUUUAUCCAAGAAAACACCCUUUUUAUUGCCGAGAAGAACUUUUAGAUAACCACUUUUUCCCCCAUUCUUAAUUUACAAGAAUAUUUUUUGUCAUCUGUGUGGAUGAUCCCCUCCCCCCAAGUGGCAAUACCCACUCAAGAGUACAUUUUGAAUUCUUCAUAAUAUCGUCAUCUUUCCCCAAGAAGAGUACUGCACUUAAUUUCUAUUUUUUGUUUUUUUUCCUUUGGCAAACGCAUUUGAUUUACAAUCCUUUUGACUGUCUUGAAGGCUGUCCCUGUAUUUGUGGCCUACAAUUUUUCUUUCUCGUGCUUCUCUAAGAAUUUUUUAGACAGUCUCUGGAGAAUUUUUUUUUUUUUUUUAAUGUCCCGGAAGCCGUUUUGAACAUCUCGGAAGCCCAGCACUUCGCUUAACUUUUUCCCGUAAGAACCUUUUGAGUCUUAAAAUGAACCGGCCGGCCCCAGUAGAGAUCACCUACGACUGUCUCCGAUUCCUCAUCACACACAACCCCACCAACGCCCAGCUGGGGAGAUUCAUAGAGGAUCUGAAGGCAUAUGGCGUGCAGACCUUAGUGAGAGUUUGUGCUGCUACGUAUGACAAGACCCCGGUGGAGCAGGAGGGCAUACAAGUCCUGGAUUGGCCGUUUGAUGAUGGCUCAGCACCCCCAGACCAGGUGGUUAAUGACUGGCUGAACCUUCUGCAGACUAAAUUUAGAGAGGAGCCUGGCUGCUGUGUGGCUGUUCACUGUGUAGCUGGAUUGGGACGAGCUCCUGUGCUGGUGGCCCUGGCCCUAAUCGAGUGUGGAAUGGAGUACGAGGAUGCUGUGCACUUCAUAAGACUGAAACGUCGUGGAGCAUUCAACUCCAAACAGCUGCUCUACCUGGAGAACUACAAACCCAAACUGUGUCUGCGCUCCAAGGAUGCCAACGGACAGAGCUGCUGUCUGCAGUAGUGAUCAGCACCUCCCACUUUAAGAACCCUCUUCCUCCUUUUUUGUGCCGUUUUCAUCCCUUCAGUCUGACAAAACAACAUAACCUAGCUGUUGUAAGAUUUAAUGCUCUGUCGGCCUAUUAAAUUAAUUUAAAGCACUCUUUUUACAAAUGGUCAUAUUCCUGAACCUUGCUUGUAAAGUAAGAGGGGAAAAAAAAAGUUUAUUCUUUUCAAUUUCUGAAAUUCUCGGACCGGUUGAAAACGAGUUCCAUAGACCAUCGCUGAACUUACUUGGCACACAACAAGCAAUCUUAACUUUUGGGUUUCUGUCAAAUAAUGAAACUAAGUUGGAGGCACAAUAUUUACAUGGCAGUGUAUUGAUUUUUGUUUUUGCUACUCAAUUCCGUUGUUCUGAAAGCUUAUACUGCCUGUUUAAAUAGUAUGUUCCGGAAUGAGAUCGGCACUUUUCACACAACAUGAGAGGAAACUUGGAGAUUAAAUGAAAAUUAAUGUUACUGCCUCAUCUGGACGUCAGCUCAACAGCUCGGGUGUUAAAGGCUGUUCUGAAAAUGACUGCUGUGGAGCAGCUUCAGCAAAACUCACCUGAUGGGGUCGCAGGCGGCGGCUUCGGUUUUCUGUCUCCUAGUUUUUCCGUUCCUGUACGCCCUCAUUGUCUGUACAGUGUAAGGUCGUUUGAUCAUGUGACUGUGGGGUCACACCCUGUAGCAGGUCACCAUUCACUUUUAUGUAAAAGAAAAUGCUGGUGCCCCCCAUAGCCGAAUGGUUAUAGCGUGUGCCACAUGACCGCAACUGUUGCCGGUUCGAUUCCGGCCUUUGUUACAUGUCAUACCCCUCGCUCGCUUUCCCAGAUUUCCUGUCUGCCUCUUCACUGUUACUGUCCAAUAAAGGUAAACAAAUGCCCGAAAAAUAAUCUUUUCGAAAUAGAAGAAGUGGAUGCUGGUAUUUGGGGGAGGAACACGCAGAAUACUGUGAAAACGGCUGGAGUUGAUUUGAACCUCCGCUUUCACCUCAACUGCCGCUUUACUUUUGCAGUGUUUCAUUCGGUGGCUGGAUGCCAAAGUGGACUACCUGUGAGAUCAUCCCCCGACUUGUUGAAGCUAAACUAGAUACUUGACACCCUGAAAAGAGAAUUGACGCCCAAAAUCAACAUCAGCAGUCAGUUUGAGUCCCGCCUUUGGUGCACGUUGCUGCUCCUUGUGUUACUUAUACUUUAUAGAAAGUAAGUCAGUAGUUGGCAGUGUGCGCCUCCAGACAUUGGUUUUUCACCCAUCUGUCCACCAGCUGGUUCGUCCUGAUUUUACUGAUGAUAAUCGGUUCCCACUGGGGGAUGAAAGUCAUCAUUUCUAGCCAGAGUAGUUGGUCUUGUUGUUCUCAUGGCACCACUAACAGAGAGCAGCGGAUAAAGAGGGAAAUGGUAAGGUAAAAGUUGUCAAAUAAAAAAUGUCUCCAUUGUCAGUGUGAUUCAAAUAUAGAUGCUUUCAUAAACAACUGACCAGUUCAAGCUCAUCUUUAUUGUCAUGUAUUUCAAAUACAAGGACAUUCUUGUGCUCUGGCUCUCUGCCUUAACACAACUACACCCCAUGUACAAAACAAAUACGGUGAAUUCAUACAUUAUAUACACAAUAUACUAGAACAGUACAGGAUAACAACAAUGUGAGGUGCAUAUGGGUGCGUCAGCUGCCCAGCAGCCUGACUGCCUGUGGAAAGAAACUAUUACUGAGCGGAUGGUGUGAUGUUUGAUGCUCCAGUAAUGUUUUUUAGGUGGAAGGAGCGAGAGCAGAACAUGAGCGGGGUGGCUGGGGUCCUUAAUGAUGUUUUGGGCUUUCCUUUUGCAGCAUGUGGUGUAAAUAUUGUGAAGGUGUGGUAUUUCCAUGCCAAUGAUUUCUGCUGCUGUCCUUACAGUCCUCUGAAGCAGUCUGCAGACCUGAGCAGUCAGGUUGCCAAACCACACUGUGACACAGCCUGUCAGCAUACUCUCCAUGGUACCGCCAUCAAAGUUCAUACGAGUUUUGGUACUCGUAGCAAAACUCUUGAGAUGCCUCAGAAAAUACAGUCGCUGCUGUGCCUUCUUCAGGAUAACGUUGGUGUUGAGAGACCACGUGAGGGUGUCUGUGAUGUGUAAACCGAGAAAUCUAAAAACUGUCCACAUUUUCAACAGAUGACCCAUUGAUGGCAAUAGGAAUGUGAUUUUCUCUGAGCUUUCUAAAGUCAACAGCGAUAACUUCUGUCUUAUUGGCAUUUAGAGAGAGGUUGCCAUUAUGGCACCACAUGGUUAAAUCUUCCACUCCUAUAGGCCCUCUCCUCACUGCCGCUCAUUAGUCCCAUAACUGUGGUGUCAUCUGCAAAUGUGGUGAUGCUGUCGUGUCAGUGUAUCUGCUAGCGCCAUCGAUGGACAGAGCUUGUUAUGUAGUCUCUCUGCUGCCCUUAUUUCUAUAGAUCCAGUAGUUGUUGACUGUAAACGUUAAGACGUGUGUGACACUGUGCAACAUCUGCAUUUGUGAGAUGGCCGAAACAACAAAGAUCAACUUGCACAAGUUGCUAAAUUCACCAGUGGCCCUUUGGAGCGGCACAGCGGGGCCACCACGGCUACUGCUGGAGGCUGCUGCUGCUGUCUAGUUAGGGCUCUGCACCUACCAAGCUGUCUGCCAACCUGCCGUGCUUCUAAUAUACUGUUGUCUUUGUGUUGGUUUUCUACCCUCUUGUGUUUUAUUUUCUAUCCUGUAUCUGUUUGUAUCAGGUUUAUUUAUUGACUCGAGCGUGCUUCUUAGUGACUUGAAUGUGUGCUGGAAAAGCUGUCCGUCUCCACGUGGAAAAUAAAAG